AUGUACAGUUUUUCCAGUUAUGACUUUUUGAACUCUGGACUCUCUUCCGACAGUACAAGGAUAUCAUCCGAGAGCAAACCGUCGUCAUAUUUCGGUUCAGAUAGUCCCACAGGCUCUUCCAGCACUGGUUCUCAACAGACGCCAUUCCUCUCAAGACACCAUGAUGUUCCUGUUGAACCAACAUUUGUCGAGUCGUCUUCCUAUCCCACUCUAGAUUUGGGAGAUGUAAACAAAUGGGAUGCAGGAUUCGACUCUUACCCACCGUUUUCCAACUCAUCCACUCAGGGGUCUUCAAUAAGCGGUUAUCAACAAGCUUCGACUUCUUCAUUUGAGCCCUUCCUGCAGCCUACGACGGAAUCAUUACCAAAUUAUCCUCCUCAAAGUUUUGAAGACAUUAAUUCCUUGUUUAGGUUGUCGCCUGACUAUUUCCCUCAAACAACUUCAGAAUUUGUGCCGACUCCCGAUCAAAUAAACAUCCUUCCCGACUCUACGAUUGAAUCACCCUCGACAGCUUUUGGGCUCAGUUCAACCUCUAUGAACGACCCAUCUAAUAUAUGCACCCCAUCAUCUGUCGGGUUAUUUGCGCCUGCAACUCACCCACUCACCAUUCAUCAGGCGUCAUCGAGCAGAUGCCAAUCUCAACCGCUCCAAAACUUUGCGCAAUAUCCAUCCGUGGGCGUGGCUGAUGGGAAUCCCAGUUAUCCGUCAACCGCGCCCACGAGUGUGGCCCCAGACAAUGUGCAAGGAAAUAGAUACAUCGACAUCCUUCAUGGUGGGAUCUUUCUCAUCGACUCAGACCCACGCGCACAGGUGGCAAAACCCUUUACGAGGGUAGGCACAGAAGAUAAAAAACGAAAACAACAGCGGCUUCCAACACUUGAAAGUGUUGAGCAACUGGUGUCAUAUCAUCAGCUUGGGAGCCAUGCCACCCUCCCAGGAGAUUCUACCGACAGUUUCCACUCCUAUAUCGGAGGAAAGGAAACAAUUCAUCAUUCGGGAUCCAUAAGGACGAAAUCAAACUGCGAAGAGAGCUCCGGGGGUAACCCCGUCGAGCCUCUCGCUAAGUUCAGACACAGCGAUGGAGGGAUGGGCAUCCGUCACUCCGCACCACAGAAUGGCGACAGGCAAGUCGCCGCCGCUUCCAGAUAUACUCGGAAGCGAAGGCUGUCGACGGCAGAGAGCAAUGAGGGCAUAUUCACCUCUGCCGUCAAACGCCCGAGAGCAGGAUCGGUCGCGGUAGCCCACACGGCCGCGCCGAGGCCGAUGUUGCGGCCAGCGCCACCGCGCUGUCUAGCUGACGGAUUCUCGCAAGGGCGUCUGGUGAUUGAGAAGCGUGAGCGUCACCGAAAAAAGGACGGAGGGCUCACCUUCCAAGUGAUGAGGCCCACAUAG